AGCCCUGGCGGCCGGCGGCCGGCGCGCCAGGGGCGGCGGCCCCCCGGGGGAGGCGCCGCGGCCGCGCCUCGGCUGCGCUGUGCCAGGGGCAGCGCCAAGGCCAUGUCCACCCGCCCGCAUGGCAAUGCCACCCACUUGUGCGGGUCCCUCGCGCUGCGCGGCCGCGACCAGCGCCGCGUCAGCAAGGAGGGACGGCUGCCACAGAUCAUCUUCGGUGCCUACCGAGACGGGCGACGUGCAGCUUCCUGGCUCUACGGAGCCCCUCUCGCCCAUCAAGGUCGUCCUGGCGGAGGCGAAGCAGGCGUGCGGAAGGCGGGAUGGCCUGCGCGCGAGCUGCCGGCGAUCGGGGAUGGCCUGGGUCUGCGCGCGGGGCUCCGCCGGCUCCGGGACGCGAACGUGCAGCUACAGGCGCGGGUGGAGGGCGCCGACAGCAAGGCCGACACGCUUGGGGAGCAGGUCCGGACCCUGCAGGGCGAGGCGCAGAGGCUCCGGGAGGAGCUCGAGGCCUCGCAGAAGGAGGCCGCGGCUCUGCGCUCCUGGGCCGAGGGGGCCAAGAGCGAGGCGGCCCUGCAGAAGGCCCGCGCGGAGGCCGCGGAGGACGGAGGCCAUGGCCAAUCGGCACUGGGCCGAGUCUUCGAAGGGCAUGCAGGCUGCCAUCGCACAGGCGGUGGCGGACGUCGAGCGGCGCCUGAAGGUUUCGGAUGAGGCCAGGGCGGCGCUCGAGGCUCAGCUGGCCAAGCAGGCCCGGGACGCGGCGGCCGAGGGCGCGCUGCAGCGGCAGCGGCUGGAGGACGCGGAGGCCGCGGCCGAGGCGGCCGAGGCGGGCGCGGAGAGUGCCGGCAAGUUCGCUGCGGGGCUGCGGGCAUAUCGGCUCGAGUACCAAGCACGGUCGGUGGAUCACAGGACAGCAGUGGGCGCCAUGUUCAACCCUAAGAAGAAGAUUGUGAAGGACAAGGCCGCCGCCAUCACGGAGCUAGAGGAGGAGGUCGCCAAGGCAAUAUUUGACAUCGAGAUGUCGCCAACAAGUGACAUUAAGGCCGACCUCCGCGACGUGGUCAUCUCCGCCGCCAAAGAGGUGGAGGUGAAGAACGGCCUGCGCGCCGUGAUCGUGUACUUUCCGUACCGGGUCUGGGUGACGGUGCGCAAGAUACAAGGCCGCCUCAUCCGCGAGCUGGAGAAGAAGUUCUCCAAGAAGAAGGUGGUCUUCGUGGCCAACCGCACCAUCCUGGACCUGAAUUUCCGGCGCAGGGGCCUCAAGGUGCGCCCCCGGAGCCGCACCCUGACCGCGGUGCACGACGCGAUCUUGGAGGACGUCGUCGGCCCCACCGAGAUCGUGGGCAGGCGCACGCGCAUCACCGCGGACGGCACGAAGCUCAUGAAGAUCUUCCUCGACCCCAAGGACAAGGAGAAGGCCGACGUCGACACCAAGCUGACCACCUUCGCAGCAGUGUACAAGAAGCUCACGAACAAGGAGGCCGUGUUCAUGUUCCCGGAGGCGUAA